AACUAGGUUGUUUACAGCCUUUAUUAAAUUGCUGAGGCUGGCCUCAAACCUACAAUCCUCCUGCCUCAGCUUCCUGAGCCCCUGGGAUUACAGGCACGUGCCACAAUGCCCAGCAGAUUUACUUCUGAUAAGACAAGGAGCUGAUGCACCAGCAAGUAUCUGAUUUGCUUCUCUUUUCUUUUUUUAAUAUUUAUUUUUGAGUUUUCGGCGGACACAACAUUUGUAUGUGGUGCUGAGAAUCGAACCCAGGCCGCAUGCAUGCCAGGAUGGAAUCCAGAACCUCAUGGCAAGAGCCCUAUCACCAAGCUACACCCCAGCCCAGGAUGUGUUCUUUUCCAAUUUUCAGACAGAACCCAGAGCGUCCUCAGGGCGACGUGGAGACCCUGCAUUAAUUUCGGGCCCCGGGUGCAUUUUCUUUUUCCGUGGGAAACGCGACUCGCAUCCCAAAUCGCGCGGGCACUUUCCAAAGGGCCGCGUCUCGCGCUCGGCGCCGAAGCGAAGGCCUCGCGGGCUAUGCCUGUCCCUCCGCCGAGGAGGAAGCGCGCGCAGACCGCCACGAGGGCGCGAGAAGAAAAUGGAGGCCCGUCCUCGCGGCGCGCCCGGCGCCUGCGCACUGCGGCCGCCCCGCCCGGCCCGCGGCGCCGUUACGGCCGUUGGAGGAGGAGAGCCGAGAGGCCACGGCGCCACACGGCCCCGCCCCGCGCUCCAGCGCGCGUUUCCGGCGAGCCCGGCUCCGGCCCUGCGAGUCCGCUCCAGGCCGCUCCCGACCGCCAGCCGCUCCGCAGGCCCCACCCGCGCUCCGUGCUUUCCCUCCAGCCCUUUGUGUCCCGGCGCGCGUCGGGAGGGACGCGGGAACGCGCGCUGCGCCUUGCGCCUGCGCCAGAGGGCGGCGCGCCCCGCCCGGGCUCGGGAGUGGGCAGCGGCCGGUCGCCGCGCCCCGCCCUCGCCCCGCCCCCGCCCGCCAUUUCGUGCUCGAGCGCCUCGCCUGGGCCGGCGCGCGGCCUUCGCGUGAUGGACGCCCGGAAGCUGGCUCAACAAAGCCUUGAGAGCCGCGGGUUGCAGCUGUGGGCCGGCCCCCGGGGCGCGCCCGGCCUCGCGUGCGCCGUCCCGGGUGUGCAGUCUCGGAGCGUGCCCGCUGACCGGCGUGCGCACCCAAAGUCGUGUUUGCAGUGCCAGGCAGGACCUCGUGGGGCUUCACGUAACUCAUCACGAGCUUGA